ACUACAAUUGAAAAACAAGAAAUCCUUAAGAAGAAGAAGAAGAAGAAGAAGAAGAAGAAGAAGAAGAAGAAGAAGAAGAAGAAGAAGAAGAAGAAGAAGAAGAAAAGAACAAGAACAAGAACAAGAAUAUCCUCCUCCUCCUCCUCCUCCUCCUCCUCCUCCUCCUCCUCCUCCUCCUCUUCCUCUUCCUCCUCGUCGAUGAUUGGAUCUCCUCAUUGUCUCCAUUUUACUCUCCUGUUCAUGAUUAAUUAUUUUCAAUGUUUAAUUAUCGAGUCUCGUCCCUGA